UGGGCCUGUGGCAGUGUCGCUGACUGUCUCGCUGCGCAGGCGCAACCCGACAUAACUACUCCUUCCUAACACUGCCGUCGACGCCGACGCGCCGGACUGCCGCUCGCCCUCCACCGCCCGGCCAGCUCAGGCCUCACGGAACGCCACAGAACAAGCGCAGUCCCGAUGAGUGAGGGUGCCACCUCGCCGGCGCUGGAGCCGGAGGCGGCGCCUUUGCCGGACAACGACGACAUCCAUCGGGAGAUCUUUCUCCGCCUCCCGCCGCUCCCCUCGUCGCUCCCCCGCGCCUCGCUCGUCUGCAAGCGCUGGCGCCGCAUCCUCUCCGACCCCGCCUUCCUCCGCCGCUUCCGCGCCCACCACCGGGCGCCUCCCCUCCUCGGCUUCUUCGCCGACGAAGACGGCGACAUCGACUUCGUGCCCACGCUGCGCCGGCCCGACCGCAUCCCCGGCGCGCGCUUCUCCCUGCCGCGGCGGCGGCGCGGCGACGACUACUUGAGCUUCCUCGGCUGCCGCCACGGCCUCGCCCUCUUCGUUGACCGCGCGCGGUCUGAGGCCGUGGUGUGGAACCCCGUCACCGGCAGCCAGUGCCGCGUGCCUUUCCCACCGGAUUUCAACAAAAGACACGUCUACUACAAAGGCGCCGUGCUGAGCUCCUCCGGCGACGGCCACGUGCACGGUGAUUGCCGCUUGAUCCCCUUCAAAUUGGUAUUGGUGCAUCAGACUGACCUCCACGACACACUUGCGUCCGCGUGCCUAUAUGAAUCGGAGUCUGGUAAAUGGGGCAAUAUCACCUCAAUAGCUAUUCCAUGGUCUCGUUUGCAUCAGCCUUCUGUCCUAGUUGGAAACCGACUUUACUGGAUACUUUUAGGUACCAGUGACAUCCUUGAGUUUGAUCUGGAUGGCCAGAGUCUAGCCAUAAUUCAGAAGCCAGAGGACCCCCGUGUUACAAACAAUUCAGGCAUUCAGGCCCUGCGACUAGAAGGUAACAAGCUUGGCCUUGCAACUCUGUCAAAGCUGAGCAUCCAGUUGUGGCAGAGAGAGACCAAUUCAGAUGCUGCUGGCACGUGGGUGCCAUGGAAAACUAUUGAACUAGAUAAGCUCCUUUCAUUAGAUCGGUUAACAAGGAUAUGGACGGCAACGAUUCUGGGGUUUGAUGAGGAUAGCAAUGCUUUCUUUAUUUGUACGAGCGUUGGCAUCUACAUGAUCCAUCUUGAGUCAACACGGUUCACGAAACUUUUCCAAGGCGAUUCAUUUACUGCCUAUUAUCCCUACACAAGUUUAUAUACUGCAGGCUUGGGCAUUGAUGAUGGAGACGAUAGAGCUGAAAUGCUGAACAAUACAUGAGAAUUGGCAUGAAUGUCCCAAUAUAUCUUGUAAACUGAGCUAUCCAAAUUUGAUCAACUUUGGCAGCCUGUUCGUGCUUGUACCUGAAAAUGUCAGGUUGUUCAAUCUGGAGGUAUAGAACUUGCUGAUUCCAGAUGGAUGUUGUUCUGACAACGCUGAUAGCACGCUUCUGUCUCCACUAGGUAGCCCUUUCUGGCAGGUGCUUCUUCCACCUUGCGCUAGGCUCGGGGGUAUGGAUAGGGACUUCUCAGGGUCUAGCUCCAAGCUUAGCUUAGCUGUGAGCUAGAUUCUAGCAAACAUGGAAGAGCAGAAGCAUAAAAAAGACAUGAAUGCUAACAAAGAACAACUCGCUAGUCUAUUUGCACAUUUUGAGCAUACAUGUAGAAAUGUAGUUCCAGACGUAAUCUUUUUCUUGUUCGUUUGGCUGAUAAGCCAUAGCAGAAAGUAUUGUUGGUUGAUUUGUUGUGAGAGAAAAACAUUGCCGAAUGGCUAGCAAAUUCGGCUGAUAAGCUCUAGUUAACAGGCGAUGGAGGAGGCUCAAGCGAUGGCGCCUGUGCCAAAUCACGCCCCCACCCUACUCCCACAUGCCUCGUGUCUGUUCCCACGCGCCUUGCACUUGACUGGUGCCAGCGCCCGCGGCUAGAGUUCUGGCGAGUCCUUGCCGACGUUAGGUAAGUCUAGUGCCCUCUCACUCUUUCUUUUCUAAAAUCUGGCGGG